AUGGUAGCCCUUCUACUCUUUCUACUAACUACUCUUGUAAUCAAUGCAUCAGCCCUUAGUACUUGUCCGGAUUGUGGUGACUCUGCAGUUCCAUACCCACUCAGCACGAACGAUGACUGUGGAGAUUCAAGGUACAGAGUUUAUUGCAACAAUGGCAACUUAGAGUUCUUGUCAGCAACAAGUUCUUACUAUAAGAUCCUUAGAAUUGACCCGAGUGUUAACAAACUUGUCAUUAGCCCACCCCUUAUAUUGAAAGACACUUGUUAUUCUUCUGAUCUCUCUGGGGGAGGAUUCUUGCUUGAUGAAAGCUUACCCUUUAAUAUAUCUAAACACAAUACAGUUAUGUUGUUUAAUUGUUCUGCUAAUAUCCUUCAAUCUCCUCUGAACUGUUCUUCAAACAGCAUUUGUAGGCAGUUUGAGAAAGAAGUGGAGGAGGGAAGGGGGUGUAUGGGCACCCUUUGCUGUCAUUACUUGAAAGACUCUUCCAUGAAUUCCCAUAAGAUCAGGGUCAGGGUUGGGAGUUGCACUGCUUACACUUCUUUGGUGGAUUUCAAGCCUGAUGACCCUCUUGAUUCUUGGAAUUAUGGGAUUGAGCUGCAAUGGAUGCCUCCUAAUUGA